AUGAAGUUGAAGGAGGCAGAAGAGGUUAGAUAUAAGAGAAAUGAGCAUAACAUCAUGAAAGGGUCAAAGUCAAGAAAUGAAAUGUCUCACAACAUUGAUUUGUUUAGAAAAUAUCUUCUCAGCAAAUCUGAAAACCAUAACGUUGGUAAAACCAACAAGGAAGAAUCAGCUGUGAUGAAGCACAGGUCCUCACCACCUCUUACUCCUUUAAUAAUGCCACCUAAGUUUGCUUCCAGCAUUUCUCGGCCCCUUUCUCUUCUCGAACGACAUCUCCUUCAACCAACCAGGAAUAGUGAAGAAAUAGGAAAAAGUUCAAAUUGUGGUGAUGAGAAAUCUUUAACAACACAACUCACAAUUUUCUACGCUGGGGUUGUUAACGUGUAUGAUAAUGUUCCCAGUGAUAAGGCACAAGCCAUCAUGCUUCUGGCGGGAGAGAGUUGUGUGACAAAGUCUACCGCAAAAGAAAAGACAUUAGUAGAGGCAAAAGCAUCACCCAACCAACAACAAGCCGUGGACCUCCCCAUUGCAAGAAGAAUUUCACUCCGUCAUUUUCUUGAAAAACGCCGGCGCAGGAUAGUAAACAAUUCUCCUUAUGCAGCAGCUAUUAAUUGUUGUAAAAAUAAUAGAGAUGAAGAGAAGAGGAAGAAGGAGCUAAACUUAGACCAUCACAUUUCCAUGCAAAAUAAUCCUAGUAUUUCUUUUUCACCAUUACCUUACUGUUUAGCUGUACCACCUAAUUGA